AUGAACGAAGCAAGAAAAAAUGGUACAAAACCAAAGAUCGCACCCUUCCGUCUUUCUACCAAACCCAGCAUAAAAGAUGCGCCUAUUUUUGAGGACAUUGCUUAUACGAAGAAAAAACGACCACUUAGAAAACUAAGUACAUCAACGUCUGAAGGAAAUGAAGAAACAACGGUUAAAGAGCAAGUUACGGAAACUGUUGAACAGGACCAAAAAACUGAUAUUACUCCCUUUGGAAAGAUGACGGCGAGCUCAACUAAAAAGCUUUUUGGUGACCCUUUGAAGUACAAGGUUGCCGACCCAUUUGCAAUAAUGACCGCUGAACCCGAUGAGGAUGAGCCUGCUGAAGACCUGACUGUUGAACCGGAAAAGGAGUCAGCUACAGAAGAAUUUGCUCCGUCAGUUGAAAACGAAACUACUGAGUCAGCUGAGAAAGAAACUGCUGAAACAGCCGAUAAGGAAGCUACUAAAGGUGAAUCCGCUGAGUUAGCAAUAAUGGUAUCUGCUGAGUCGGCAAAAAAUGAAUCUGUUCAGUCAGCCAAGGCCGUUGAUGAACAGGAUAAAUUGGAAAUAAAUGCAGAAAUUGAUAGUAGUACUUUGAGAGAUACGGACGAUAAUAUAUUGGAGGACAAUCUGACGAAGCCGAAUGAUAAGAAAGAAAGUAAAAGUGAUGAAAAGGAUAAACGCCAUAGAAAACACAAAAAGUCGGAGAAACAUGACAAGUCAGAGAAACAUGACAAGUCAGAGAAACAUGAGAAGUUGGAGAAACACGGGAAGUCAGAGAAACAUGAGAAAACAGAGAAGAAAAAGAAACGACGGAAAGAAAGGAACAAAUCUGAGGAUGAAAGUCAUGGUAUGUUUGCAAUAAAUUUGUUUUUCGUGAAUUAUUUCAAGGUGGUGAAUAUUCACCCUUCUUGUAGGCAUUUACAAAGCUAUAUUUAG